AUGGCGUCUGACAGAUGUGGAUAUUUUAUCAAAAGUAAGCAGAGAUACUGCCGUCAGCAGCUUUUUCAGGGUUCGAAUUAUUGUUUCACUCAUACAAGUGAAACUUCGACAGAUAAGGUAGCUUGUCCUCUGGAUCCAAAACACUUUGUCAAUCGUUCAAAUCUUGAAGAACACUUGAAAAAAUGCAAUGCAAGUCGAAAAGUUGAAGCUACUUAUGAAGUACGUGGAAUUAAUUCCGGUGGUUUAGGUCCCUGUGCACCCGUUUCGACAGUGACAUUAGCUUCUGCGUCUGCAUCAGCUGUGUUGAAGUUAAUAGUACGUUUGGAGAAAUUAAAUGCAGAAUUGAAUCUAAUUGGUCAAGUGAAUGAUCUGUCAGAUGGUGAUAUUCAUCCCUUAACUGAUAAUACAUUGUCGGAUAAAGGCAAUAAUGAAGUUGAUAACAAUAACAGCCUAGAUGAAGAUAACUUUCGUGUGGAUCCGCAAACUGUAGUCCGUGGAUCAAUGCGUCAUGUAUAUCAAAAUGGAUGUUUGAUUCGUGUAUUAGAAAAGGAAGGCCUGCUGUCAACGAAUAGUUUAUAUAUUGAAUUCGGUGCUGGUCGCGCUGGACUAUCUCAUUGGAUUAACAACUGUUUAGCAUCUACUGAAUUAGGUCGACGCUGUUAUGAUCAUUAUCCAGGUGUAUGGCCAGUUAAAGCACCUGAAACUAAUUUUUUAGUUGUAGAGUUAUGUUCCAUUCGUGAUAAGAUGGAUAGACGUCAACGCGGUGAAGGAAAUUUUACACGCCUUAGAAUUAAUAUAGCUGACUUGGAUCUAACUCGUGUACAACUCAUACAAGAGAACAAAAGACCAGUGAUUGCUGUGGCGAAACACUUGUGUGGUGAUGCUACAGAUUUAUCACUUCGAUGUCUCAAAAAUGGUGAAAAUAUAAUUGACUUGUCGGGAAUAAUGUUUGCUGUAUGCUGUCACCACAAGUGUUCAUGGAAUGAAACGGCUGGUCGUUAUUGGUUAGAACAAGUGGCCAAUAUUACAUGUGAUGAAUUUUCACUUAUUACUUCAUUAGCUUCAUGGGCAGUUUGCGGAUUCCAACGGAAAUCACCCCAUUGUUUAGAUGCCUGUACUGAUAAUACUAAUGUGAGGUGUAAAGAGGCCUUACAAAGUGGCAAUGAAGAUGAAUGUCUUACAGUACUUCGCAGUCUAGAUGUCAACUACAAAAUGAGAAUCGGUAAAAUAUCCAAACAUCUAAUUGAUUGGGGUCGUCUUAUGUAUAUUAAACAUGAAUUGAAAUUUCCUGAUGACCAUUUUGUAUCUUAUGCAAAAUCUGAAGUUACUCCUGAAAACAUUGUAAUCUGUGCUAGCAGACUAACAAAAUCUUGUUGUGAUUAA